CACAGCAAGUAGAUUGUCUCUGUGCUGCCUUUUUGCAGCCUCAGCUUUGGCGGUGCUGGAGCCCAUCUCCUGCUCUGUGCAGACAUCUCUCCUUAGCUCUUACUAGAACAAGGUGAAAGAAAAUUCUCAUCUUCUCCCCUCUGGCCCCGCAGCAUCUGGAACACACUGAUCCUCAUAAUCCUUGUUCUUGAGAAAUAUUAAUGACUUAAUCUCCCAAGCCUGCUCCCCCCACUCCUAUGCGGCCAUCUCAGUAUGUUUUGCAGACAAGACCCAGAGAAGUCCAGGUUGGACUUGGUACCGACUGCAAAACUGCCUUUGGAAGGCCUCCGCCCCAGCCCUUCUACAGAGUAGUCAGUGGGACUUCCAGCCAUGGGCGAAGUGACAGCAGAGGAGGUGGAGAAGUUCCUGGACUCAAAUAUUGGCUUUGCCAAACAGUACUACAACCUCCACUACCGAGCCAAGAUCAUCUCCGACCUCCUUGGGGCUAAGGAGGCUGCCGUGGACUUCAGCAAGUACCACUCCCUGAGCAGCGUGGAGGAGAGUGAAAUCAUCUUUGAUCUCCUGCGGGAUUUUCAGGAGAAUUUACAGACAGAGAAAUGCAUCUUUAACGUCAUGAAGAAGCUGUGCUUUCUCCUGCAGGCAGACCGCAUGAGCCUGUUCAUGUACAGGACCCGCAACGGCAUCGCGGAGCUGGCCACCCGGAUUUUCAAUGUCCACAAGGAUGCUGUCCUUGAGGACUGCCUGGUGAUGCCUGACCAGGAGAUCGUCUUCCCUUUGGACAUGGGCGUUGUGGGCCACGUCGCACACUCUAAGAAGAUUGCUAACGUUCCCAACACAGAAGAGGAUGAGCAUUUCUGUGACUUUGUGGACAUCCUCACUGAGUACAAGACCAAGAACAUCUUGGCUUCACCCAUAAUGAAUGGGAAGGAUGUGGUAGCCAUAAUCAUGGCUGUGAAUAAAGUGGAUGGAUCCCACUUCACCAAGAGAGAUGAAGAGAUUCUUCUCAAGUACCUAAAUUUUGCAAAUCUAAUCAUGAAGGUAUACCACCUGAGUUACCUGCACAAUUGUGAAACUCGACGCGGCCAGAUACUUCUGUGGUCUGGGAGCAAAGUCUUUGAAGAACUUACAGACAUCGAAAGACAGUUCCACAAAGCCCUGUACACAGUCCGUGCCUUCCUCAACUGUGACAGAUACUCUGUGGGUCUCUUAGACAUGACCAAGCAGAAGGAAUUUUUUGAUGUGUGGCCAGUUCUCAUGGGUGAAGUUCCACCUUAUUCUGGUCCCAGGACUCCGGAUGGAAGAGAAAUUAACUUUUACAAGGUCAUUGACUACAUCCUACAUGGCAAAGAAGACAUCAAAGUAAUCCCGAAUCCACCUCCUGACCACUGGGCUUUAGUAAGCGGGCUCCCCACUUAUGUUGCCCAAAAUGGCCUGAUUUGCAACAUCAUGAAUGCGCCUGCGGAGGACUUUUUUGCAUUUCAGAAAGAACCUCUGGAUGAGUCUGGAUGGAUGAUUAAAAAUGUCCUUUCGAUGCCGAUUGUGAACAAGAAGGAAGAAAUUGUUGGGGUGGCCACGUUUUACAAUCGUAAAGAUGGGAAGCCCUUUGAUGAAAUGGAUGAGACACUUAUGGAGUCUUUGACUCAAUUUCUGGGCUGGUCUGUCUUAAAUCCUGACACCUAUGAGUCAAUGAAUAGACUUGAAAAUAGGAAGGAUAUUUUCCAGGACAUAGUAAAAUAUCAUGUGAAAUGUGACAAUGAAGAAAUUCAGAAAAUCCUGAAAACCAGAGAGGUGUAUGGGAAGGAGCCGUGGGAAUGUGAGGAAGAGGAGCUGACUGAGAUCCUGCAAGCAGAGCUGCCAGAUGCAGAGAAAUAUGAAAUUAAUAAAUUUCACUUCAGUGACUUGCCCCUAACAGAACUGGAGCUGGUGAAAUGUGGAAUACAGAUGUAUUAUGAGCUCAAAGUGGUGGAUAAAUUUCACAUUCCACAAGAGGCCCUGGUGCGGUUCAUGUACUCCCUGAGUAAGGGCUACCGCAAGAUCACCUACCACAACUGGCGGCAUGGCUUCAACGUGGGCCAGACCAUGUUCUCCCUACUGGUGACCGGAAAACUGAAGCGCUACUUCACGGACCUGGAGGCCCUGGCCAUGGUCACUGCUGCUUUCUGCCAUGACAUUGACCACAGAGGCACCAACAACCUCUACCAGAUGAAAUCCCAGAACCCACUGGCCAAGCUGCAUGGGUCCUCUAUCUUGGAAAGACACCACUUGGAGUUUGGCAAAACAUUGCUCAGAGACGAGAGCCUGAAUAUCUUUCAAAACCUCAAUCGCCGACAGCAUGAGCACGCCAUCCACAUGAUGGACAUUGCAAUCAUUGCCACAGACCUCGCCCUGUAUUUCAAGAAGAGGACGAUGUUCCAAAAGAUCGUGGAUCAGUCUAAGAUGUACGAGAGUGAACAGGAGUGGACGCAGUACAUGAUGCUGGAGCAGACACGGAAGGAAAUCGUCAUGGCCAUGAUGAUGACUGCCUGUGAUCUCUCAGCCAUCACCAAGCCUUGGGAGGUGCAGAGCAAGGUAGCUCUGCUGGUGGCUGCCGAAUUCUGGGAACAAGGUGACCUGGAGCGCACGGUGCUGCAACAGAACCCCAUUCCCAUGAUGGACAGAAACAAAGCAGAUGAACUCCCCAAGCUUCAAGUCGGCUUCAUUGAUUUUGUUUGCACCUUUGUCUACAAGUAGCCGCAGGAAAUCAGCGGGGGGGAGACCCCAGCCCAGGGGGUGCAACUACAUCCAAGUCCUGCUGUAUCCAGUAACACCACCGGGGGUCUGCUGGCCGGACGUCACCACCCUUUCCUGGGAAGAGAUGACCCAAGCCAGUGGAAGACCACACACCUUGAGAAGUAAAAGUGUCAUAGGAUUUGAAAGCUGAUAGAGAAUUUAGCUUCCAGGAGUGUUCAAUCUUUCAGCUUCCCUGGGCCACGUUGGGAGAACUGUCUUGGGCCACACAUGAAAUACACUAACGAUAGCUGAUGAGCUAAAAAAUAAUCACACAAAAAAAUCUCCUAAUGUUUUAAGAAAGUUUAUGAAUUUGUGUUGGGCCUCAUUCUAAGCUGUCCUGGGCUGCAUGUGCCCCAUGGGCUGUGGGUUGAACAAGCUUGGCUUACACCUUAUCCGUGGCUUUUAAACAUUCUUUUAGCCUUGAGAACUGCCUAUUGAGCUAAAAUCAAUAUUCCAGUUUCACAGACAUCAAUUAAACAUUGAAUUAAUGCCAGAUUCACUGGCUUGCUUAGAAUAAUUUUUGUUCUUUUUUUUUUCAUUUUCUUUCUAUUUACUUCCUUGAAUCAUUUUUGUUCUUAUACUUUCAUUUAAUAUAUUAUAAAAAUUUUCAACCAUUUUGAAAAGUAGAGGAUUGUACACUGAAUCCCUGCAAACCGUCACCCAGAUUCCAAUAUCAAGAUUUUGCUACAUGCAUUUCAUCUGUCCUUUUUACAUUUCCUUUUCAAUUUUUUUUCUUACCUGAAGUAUUUAAAGGCAAAUCCUGGCCAGGUAUGGUGACUCACACGUGUAAUCCCAGAACUUUGGGAGCCUGAGGCAGGUGAAUUUCGUGAGCCCAGGAGUUUGAGACCAGCCUGGGCAAAAAUGGCAAAACCCUGUCUCUACAAAAAAUACCAAAAUUAGCCAGCUGUGGUGGCACUCACCUGUAGUCUCAGCUACUCAGGAGACAGAGGUGGGAAGAUCUCUUGAGCCUGGGAGGCGGAGAUUGCAGUGAGCCGAGAUUGUGCUACUGCACUCCAGCUAGGGCAACUGAGCAAGACUCUGACUCAAAAAAAAACAAAAGGCAAAUCUCAAAUGUAUCAUUUCAUUCUUCUACUAACUCGUCUUUAAAGAAAUAAGGAUAUUUUCUAACAUAACUGCAUCCCUGGCCCAUGAAACCGAUGCCUGCCUAAUACCCAGCUGUGAUGUAUGCUUCAAUGGGCUGCACAGACCUCAAGCUUCAGCCAAGGACUUGGGACCCCGCCAGCUUUGGGUGCUGUUGGCAGACCACCCUCAGUGUCAGCCCCGUCAGGUGUUACUGCAGCCUUUCCCAGGCUGGCCUACACCCAAUGACUGAUCCAUGCCAGGUGGAGGGGCCUGGCCAUCUUGGCUGAGCAUGGGCUCUUCUAGCUGCAGGAUUCUUCGUGGGGUCCAUCAAGGUUGUUGCUGGGCUCACAUCACAGCUCAACCUCUCCCUCUGCCCACUCCUAUUUCCUUCCCUUCCCCAGGCAUCGGUCCCCAGGGCACUGCUUAAUAAGCAUCCUGCAGACUAAGUCCAUUUUAAAGUGUGCUUUCUGGGGCACCCAGCUUGUGAUGCCAGCCCUUAAUCAACCUUCCUUCAUUGUCACAGGAGUUUUUAAUGGUUGGCUUGCCUGAAUCUGAUCCAAACAAUUUCACACUUCAAAUUUAGUUGUUUCUUUUUGUUGGUUUUUAGGAAAAAGAAGACGCACUUUUUUAUUUUUGGAUUUCCCAUUGAUUUCACAGAGUAUAAAUUAAGGCAAAUUAUUCUCAAUUUCAGAACUUCUGUUUCUUAAAUUAACAGGCAUUCUGUUGGUUUAAAAAGAUAGACGUGGUAGAUAGAAUUUCUUUCUUUCCUUCCCUCCCUCCCUUUCCUUCCUUCCUUCCUUCCUUCCUUCCUUCCUUCCUUCCUUCCUUCCUUCCUUCCUUCUUUCCUUCCUUCUUUCUUUGUGAUGAGGUCUUGCUCUAUUGCCCAGGCUGCAGUGCAGUGGUAUGAUCAUAGCUCACUGGGGCCCCAACUGCCCAGUCUCAAGGAAUCCUCCCAUCUCAGCUCACCAAGUAGUGCUGACCACAGGCAUGCACCACCAUGCCCAGCUACUUUUUUUGUAGACAUAGGGUCUCAUUCUGUUGCACAGGUUGGCCUCAACUCCUGACCUCAAGUGAUCCUCCUGCCUCAGCCUCCCAAAGUUUUGGGAUUACAGGUGUGAACCACUGCACCUGGCCAGGACUUACUUCUUUUAAACUGAAUCUAAGUAUGUUUCGGCAAGUCUGCAAUGCCUAGCAGACUGGCCUGAUCAGCAUUUGUACCAUAGUAACUAAUGUUGAAAACAGCACGAAUAAACCAGAAGUUGAAAAUUACAAUAACAUGCUAAAAGGUUGCAAGUCAAUUUCUGUUAAGCUUGUCCAAAUCUAAAUUUUUUUCAUUCUCUGUUGCUCCCCCCAGCUUAACUGAGGUAUAGUUAGCAAAUAAAAAUUAUACAUAUUUAAGGUAUAUGCUGUGAUAUUUUGAUAUACAUUGUGAAAUGACUGCCAUAAUGAAGCUAAUAUAUCCAUCACCUCACAUAGCUAUGGUUGUUUCCGAAGUCUCUUUUAGUCUACAAAGUACUCCUUCCUUAUUUCCUUUGCCACCGACUUGCAGAAAUAGUUUUCUCACAUCUGUAUUUAUGAUUGUUUCUUUGUGGCCGCAUGUAACACAUUCCUCUGUCUAAUUCUAAUAAAUGGACAUUAGCUCUAGAA